AUGAGAAGGCGCUUGAUCAAAAAACUUUGUAUGGUUUUUGGACCUAGAUUGCCAAGGAUAUGGUUAAUCCUUUGUCUAGUUAGUGUUUUUGUACUUAUUAUUUUGUCAGGUUCGUCUUCUUCUAGUUCCUUUGACUCAGUCACAUUGACUGUGAAACCAGACAUUUAUGCAAACUACCGAAGACUAAAAGAGCAAGCGGUAAAUGACUAUGUGGAUUUAACUAGUUUAUCUUUAGGGGUUAGUAACCUGAAGGAGCUUAGGAUCUGUGGAAAGGAAAAGGAGCACUACGUUCCUUGCUACAACGUGUCUGCGAAUCUUUUAACUGGGUUUAAAAAUGGUUUGGAGUUUGAUCGACAUUGUGAAGUAUCACAAGGUGAACCGUACUGUUUGGUUCGUCCUCCAAAGGACUAUAAAACACCCCUGAGUUGGCCAGUUGGUAGAGAUGUGAUAUGGAAUGAAAAUGUGAAGAUAACCAAAGACCAAUUCCUUUCUUCAGGGAGCAUGACGAAAAGGUUAAUGCUAAUGGAAGAGAACCAAAUUUCUUUCCACUCAGAUGACGGAUUGACGUUUGAUGGUGUCAAAGAUUACUCCCAUCAAGUUGCGGAGAUGAUAGGACUGGGAAGUGAUGCGGAAUUUCAUCAAGCUGGUGUGCGCACAGUACUUGAUGUUGGUUGCGGGUUUGGUAGCUUUGGGGCUCAUUUGCUCUCACUUAAACUAAUGCCUGUUUGUAUGGCUGCAUAUGAGUUAACUGGUAGCCAAGUUCAGAUAUCCCUUGAAAGAGGUCUUCCAGCAAUAAUUGGCAACUUCAAUUCUAGGCAGCUUCCGUUUCCAGCAUUGUCAUAUGACAUGGUUCACUGUGCAGAAUGUGGUAUUCUGUGGGAUGACAAAGAUGGAUUGUUGCUUAUUGAAGCUGACCGAAUACUUAAGCCUGGAGGUUACUUUGUUUUACAUGGGAGUUCAUUAAGUACAAAGAAGGGAAGCAUGGCCAGCCCUAUUGAAGAAUUUGCUCGGAAAAUCUGUUGGACAUUUAUAGCUCAGCAAGAAGAAACUUUCAUCUGGCAGAAAACCAUUGAUGCCCAAUGCUACUCAUCUAGCGUGCAGGGUGCUAUCCCUCCUUGUAGAGAAGAAAGGGAGGAUAUUCAGUCCUAUUAUCAGCCACUUGCAUCUUGUGUGGGAGGGACUACAAGCAAGCGCUGGGUUCCCAUUCAGAACAGGUCUUCUGGUUCCCAGAUGAUCCCUGCUGAGCUUGAAAUUUAUGGAAAGCAUUGUUCCAUUCAGCAGGAUGAAUUCUAUGAAGACUUUGAAUCUUCAUUAUCAGCUUUAAGAAACUACUGGUCUUUACUUACACCCUUGAUUUUUUCUGAUCAUCCUAAAAGGCCGGGUGAUGAGGAUCCAUUACCUCCAUAUAAUAUGAUAAGAAAUGUGAUGGACAUGAAUGCGCAUUAUGGUGGUUUGAACGCUGCAUUUCUGGAAGAAGGAAAAUCAGUGUGGGUGAUGAAUGUUGUGCCUAUCAGAGCAAGUAACACGCUCCCAGUCAUACUCCAUCAAGGUUUUGCUGGUGUUUUGCAUGAUUGGUGUGAACCCUUCCCUACUUACCCACGGACAUACGACAUGCUUCACGCGAAUGGGCUCCUCUCAUACCUUAUGUCGGAACGAUGCAGCAUCACAAACUUACUAUUCGAGAUGGAUCGUAUCCUACGUCCUGAGGGAUGGGUUGUUCUAUCGGAUGAAGUGGGGUCCAUAGAGAAGGCUCGUACAAUUGCUACACAAAUACGAUGGGAGGCAAGGGUGAUCGAUCUUGAAAAUGGCAGUGAUCAGAGGAUACUUGUUUGCCAAAAGCCGUUUGUAAGAAAAUGAAUCUUGCAGCCAAUGUAGGUUAAUCGUUCCUUGGAUGUUAUACAAGUCUGGUAAUGACUCCACAUGUAAACGACACAUACGAUGAUGGUACCAGAUUCCUAACGAAGGCGCAAGGUGAAAGAAGCUCUACACUUGAAAUUUUUGGCAUGAGUGUAUCGUAGAUAAAAAAGAAGCUUGAGAGUGAAACAAACCGAAGCGUUUGUGAGCUGUAGAUUAGAGCAAGUUUUGCUGCCACGAGUAUUUUUUUUGGAAAGGAAUUCAUUCAUCCGAAUUUGUUUUCGUCUAUCUUUUCAUGUUUCUAUGCUCCUUUUUGAUCAAUUUUGUAACUCGAAAUUACAUUUGAAAGAAUAGGCGGCAAAGGUCAUGUAACGUUCAGUUU